CCGGGGAUAAAACCUGACAUAGAAGGACACUCGCGACAGGAUCACAGGAUUUCUAUAAGGUAAUGGCUAGUGCUGAACCUUGGGUUGGAUCCUGGAGGCCCCACAAGCCAAGAGGGCCUAUAGCCGCUCUCUAUCGUAGCCCGGGACCCAAGUAUGCACUGCCUGGACUCACAGGUGUCAAUAAACAUGACCCUACCAAAUACAAAGCACCAGUGUUCAGCUUAGGUAAACUUCAUAACCAGACCAGUCCUGAUUGCUCCCCUGGACCAAGAUACCUUGUUCCCUCCAACAUCACCAGAGAUGGCCGAGACGGCACUCCUGCAUUUUCUCUCCACAGUCGCCCAAAGGAGCCAAGAUUGUUCCAGGCCCCUGGACCAGGCCGCUACUCCCCAGAGCGUUCAGGAAGGUCCAUCUUCCGCUCUGCUCCUGCUUAUUCUCUGUCUGGGAGGAGCAAAGACAUGAGCACUCACAAAACACCUGGUCCAGCCUCGUACAAUCUGCCUCCUGUGCUGGGGCCCAAAACUGUGGCUACAUCUGCAGCUCCCACCUACUCCCUCUGUGGCCGCAGCAAAACUGGAAGCUUCCAUGAGGAUCUGAAGAAGACUCCUGGCCCUGCUGCCUACAAAGUUGUGGACCCUUGUAUUUACAGGCAAAAACCACCCCAUUUCAGCAUGACAGGCCGCAACUUUGCUCCUGGUGAAACUACAAGGAAACCAGGACCUGGCACGCACUAUCCUGAGAAUGUGACCGUCACAAGAGCAAAAGCUCCAAGCUUCUCCUUUGGACUGCGUCACUCAGAAUACAUCUCACCCCUCAUAGUAGAUGUGGCUGAAUAAUGCCACAUAUCAUCUCUUAUUUCAAAUGAAAAAUUCACACAGCAUGAACGAAUAAAGACAAAAGGCAAACUACUCAGAAUUACUGAGAUCAUAUUUUUUUGCCACAGUAAUGGACCUUGUUGUAUUGGUACUUGUCACUUUGUCAGGUUUAUGACCACUAUCAGUAUUUAAGUAAAUUACACUUAAUUAAAAAUAUUUCAUUAGCAGCACAUCUGAGAUUUGUAUUAAUGUAACAUAAUUUUUAAGCCAAUUUUAUUUUUCAGGUAAGCCAUUUCUCAGUAUGGUAAAACAUAAAAAGUCAUAGUGUAGU